AUCGGGUGAGAGGGUUGAGGGGUGCAGAGGUGUGGAGGGUACCGAAGACAGAGGCACUAGACGUGCCCAGAAAGCUGCUGAGGCCUCAACUAGCAGCCAUGGACCCCAUGGGGACAACAGACCCCUCGGUGCCCCCGGGCCCUUUGACUCACCUGAGCCUGGGGGACAGUUCAGAGGCGCGGCUACAGAGCGACGGGCCAAGCCUCCUAGGGAGUUGGACCAGGUCACCCCCAGAGCAUGCCACCAUCCUGAGGGAAGGUGUGCGCGCAUGCCUGCAGCAAAGAUGUGAGCAGACCGUGUGGAUCCUGCAUGCCAAGGUGGCUCAGAAAUCCUACGGAAAUGAGAAGCGGUUCUUCUGUCCUCCGCCCUGUGUCUACCUCGCCGGUCCAGGCUGGAGGGUGAAACCGCUGCAAGACCAAGCCCACCAGUCUGCGGAGACCGGACCCACGGUCUGCGGUUACAUGGGACUGGACGGCGCGUCCGGCAAUGCUCCUGAGACGCAGAAGUUGAAUUUCGAAGAGCAGCCGGACUCAAGGGAAUUUGGUUGUGCCAAGACCCUGUACAUCUCCGACGCUGACAAGAGGAAGCACUUCCGGUUAGUGCUGCGGCUUGUGCUGCGAGGAGGCCGGGAGCUGGGCACCUUCCAUAGUCGCCUCAUCAAGGUGAUCUCCAAGCCCUCACAGAAGAAGCAGUCGCUGAAAAAUACAGACCUGUGCAUCUCCUCGGGCUCCAAGGUCUCCCUUUUCAACCGCCUGCGCUCCCAGACAGUGUCCACACGCUACCUCUCUGUGGAAGACGGGGCCUUUGUGGCCAGCGCAAGACAGUGGGCUGCCUUCACACUCCACCUGGCUGACGAGCACCGUCCCCAAGGAGACUUUCGGCCCCAGGAAGGUUACAUCCGCUAUGGCUCCCUAGUGCAGCUCGUCUGUACAGUCACGGGCGUCACACUGCCUCCGAUGAUCAUCCGCAAAGUAGCCAAGCAGUGUGCCCUCCUUGACGUGGAUGAACCCAUAUCACAGCUGCACAAGUGCGCAUUCCAGUUUCCGGGUGACACUCCAGGAGGGGGUGGCACCUACUUAUGCCUUACCACAGAGAAGGUGGUGUGGUUCCAGGCUUCCCUCUGCCCCAAGGAGGCCAACAGGGCGCUGCUCAACGACAGCUCUUGCUGGACCAUCAUUGGCACCGAGUCGGUGGAGUUCUCCUUCAGCACCAGCCUGGCCUGUACCCGGGAACCUGUCACUCCAGUGCCCCUCAUCAGCACUCUGGAGCUAAGCGGCGGAGGUGAUGUGGCCACGCUGGAACUGCACGGAGAGAAUUUCCACGCUGGGCUCAAGGUGUGGUUUGGAGACGUGGAAGCAGAAACUAUGUUCAGAAGCCCGCGGUCCUUGGUGUGCGUGGUGCCAGACGUGGCGGCCUUCGGCAGCGACUGGCGUUGGCUGCGCACUCCCAUUACCGUGCCCGUGAGCCUGCUGCGUGCGGAUGCGCUCUUCUACCCCAGCGCCUUCUCUUUCACCUACACCCCGGAAUACAGCGCGCGGCCGCGGCCGCCCGACGCGCAUGAGCCCGCCCCUGAUGCAGACGCGCUUCUCGAAAGCAUCCACCACGAGUUCACGCGCACCAACUUCCACCUCUUCUGCCCCAGCUAGGCCCCGCCGCCACCUGCGGCUGACGCCCGCCUGCACCUGUCCCUAGGGAGCAUACUUGACCCUUUGCUGUAAUAGGGCAGGAGGGAGGGAGAUUUCUCACCUGUCCUCAGGCCACUUGCUAGCCUCAACUGUCAAUCAAGAGUGAUCUUCUAUUGUCUUCA